AUGUCCACUCCUUCCUUGACCGGUAGUAAACGAGGUGCACUAAUAGUGUUUGAAGGUUGUGACCGUGCUGGAAAAUCAACACAAACUGAAAAACUUGUUAAAUAUUUGAAUGAACAUGGAUUAACAGCAGUUAAAGGGAAAUUUCCAGCGAGAGGUAUAGAACCAUUAGGACCAAUCAUCAAUAAUUAUUUAAAUAAUGAAGUAGAAUUAUGUGAUAGAGCUUUUCAUUUUUUAUUAUCAGCAAAUUUAUGGGAACAAGAAUCAUACUUGAAGAAUACUAUUCUCAAUGGCAAGACAUUAGUUAUGGAUCGAUAUGCAUAUACAGGAGUUGCAUAUUUAACUGCCAAGGGUUUGGAUUUAAAUUGGUGUAAAUCUUCGUACGUCGGUUUACCAUCACCAGAUAUUGUCUUUUUCAUGGACGUGCCAUUAAAAGAGACUGAAAAAAGGGAUGGAUUUGGUAGUGAAAGGUUUGACACAAGCGAGAUUCAAGAAAAGGCCAGGGAUGUAUAUUUAUCAUUGAAAGGCCCAGAAUGGAAGGUAUUGGAUGGACGACAAUCAAUUGAUGAACUUCACGAAAAGAUUGCAAAUAUGUCCUUAGAAGUUAUUCAAAAACGUGAUGUCUUACCAAUACAAGAUUUAUGGAAAAGUUUUUGA